CGGGUAAAGUACCAAAAAAAAAUAAACAACGAAGAUAAAGAGAGAAAAAAAAAAGCUCUCUCAGAUUUUACAACUGGAUUUUCUUUCCCUUUCUCGGGAAAAUUCUGCUUAUCUUUUAAUGGGUUACUUGAAAGGACAAUACAGAGUUUGAUGAUCUAUCCCCACUUUUUUUUUUCCUUCUCCAGUUUUCCCGGGAAACAAUCAGAAAGGUAAGAUUUCAGUUUCUUUGAUUGUUAAAGAUUUGAUUUUUAUUUGAAGACUUUGAGCUAAUUCAUUAGUUAAGAUCUUUGAAAAUUGAAGUAAGAUUAAACUAGCUUUAGUUAGUUUGGGAAGAAAAAAAAGUGUUUGGAGUUGAAAUUCCAAAUUUCUUGGAAUGCAAAAUUGAAAACUUUCCUGAGAAAAUUAGUGAGAAAGAAAAAAAGAAAAUGGAAAAAAUAUGUGAAUUUUGCUCAGAAUUUAGGCCAGUGAUUUACUGCAAGGCAGAUGCAGCACACCUCUGCCUCUGUUGCGACGCGAAAGUUCAUUCCGCGAAUGCCCUUUCGAGUAGGCAUUCGAGGAUGAUACUUUGCGAUUCUUGCAGAUUUAGGCCAUCUAGAGUUCAGUGGUUAGAUCAGCAAAUGUUUGUUUGUGGGAUCUGUGAUGGCGCCGCGCUCCACGAGGCCUCGGGAGGGCUUCAAAAGCGAGCCAUCGGAAGCUUCAUGGGAUCCCCUUCUGCUAAGGAUUUUGCAGCCUUGUGGGGUUUUAAAUUAAGUGAUAAUGAUGAUGAUGAUGAUAAACAAGUUUUUGUGGCCUCUUCUUCACAUUCCUCUGGUGAUACCAAUGUGGUCAAUCAACAAGUUAAGAUAAAAGAUGAAAAGCAGAGAAGCAGUAGUAGUUUUAUUAUGCAACAAAUUAUGGACUUAAAAAGGCUUCAACUCACUCAAGUGAGUAAACCUUCACCAACAACAACAACUACUAAUACUAAUGGCCAAGAACAAAGCAAUGAAGAAAACGUUUCCAACAACACUUCACUGAACUCCCAAGAUACCGGGACCGAUUUUCGAGAGCUGAAAUGUGAUCCUUUCCCAUGUCCAUUUUCAAAACCUGAUCAAUCUCCUUCAUCUUCAAAUGUUGGGAUUCUUCCUUUGAAUGGUGGAGAGCCCUUGUUGUGGCAAUGUAGAAGUCCAGUUCAGAGUAAUCAGUUAUGGACUCAAAAUAUGGAAGACCUUGGAGUAUGUGAAGAACUUGUUUGGAAGGAUGAUUUUAAUAUUCCAGAUGUGGAUUUGACAUUUCGAAACUUUGAAGAACUAUUUGAUCAAGAUCCAAACAGAGCUUUAUUGCUUGAUGAUAAAGAUGACUCAUACUCUUCUAUGGAAAAGGGUUUGUCUCUUGAUAAAUUUCAUAAUCCUCACUCAAGAAUCAUGGAGGAUGCUUCAGUGGAUUCCUCAAUUUUUGACAACAAUUCUAAUCUAGCAAGCAUGAACUAUAUGCCUUGUCCAGUUCAACCAUCUUAUUCAAACAUGUCUCUUUCAGUUUCAAAAUUUAGUGUCGAUAGUGACGGUGGUGGUAACAACCGUGGUGAAUCAUUGGACAGCGGCCUUUCCCCGUACUUUGGAGGAGCCGAGUCUUCUAUGAAUUCUCCUGAUUUCGAUUUCGAAGCUAGAGAAAAUGCCAAGUUGAGGUACAAAGAGAAGAAGAAAUCUCGAAUGCAUAGACAUGAUAACCAAAUUCGAUACCCAUCUAGGAAAGUAAAUGCAGAUGUGAGGAAAAGAGUAAAAGGGCGUUUUGUGAAGAGAGAAGGCUAUAAUUCCGAUAGCGCCGACGUCGCACGAAGCUACUAAAGAACACCACCACCGCCACCGCCACCGCCACCGCCACCAUCCGUUUGUAAAAAUGCCACUGCAUUGCAUGUAAAUUAAAUUAAUAAGUAUACUGUAGCUAACUAGUCUCUCCAAAAUUAUUAUUAUUGGCACAAUAAUAAUUGUGUACACUACUAUAUAUAUAGUCUCAAUUAGUACUUGUCUUGUUUAUAUUAAUAUAAAUGUGAAAUAUAUCAAUUCGAUUAUCAUUUUGAAUCA